AUGAGCAACCUCCAGGACAACACCUUCCUUUUCACCUCAGAGUCCGUUGGCGAGGGCCACCCGGACAAGAUCUGCGAUCAGAUUUCCGACGCCAUCCUUGACGCAUGCCUGGAGCAGGACCCGUACUCCAAGGUUGCGUGCGAGACUGCGGCCAAGACCGGCAUGAUCAUGGUGUUUGGCGAGAUCACAACCAAGGCACAGCUGGACUACCAGAAGAUCAUCCGCAACACCAUCAAGGAGAUCGGGUACGACAGCUCGGACAAGGGCUUCGACUACAAGACCUGCAAUGUGCUGGUGGCCAUCGAGCAGCAGUCGCCGGACAUCUACCAGGGCCUGGUGCAGAACGGCGACGCGCUGGAGAACGUCGGUGCUGGCGACCAGGGUAUCAUGUUCGGCUAUGCCUCGGACGAGACGCCCGAGUACAUGCCGAUCACGCUGGUGCUCUCGCACAAGCUCAACCAGCGCAUGGCGGACCUGCGCCGCUCGGGCGAGCUCUCGUGGCUGCGUCCGGACUCCAAGACCCAGGUCACCAUUGAGUACCGCAAGGACGGCGGCGCCCUGGUGCCUGUGCGCGUGGACACUGUUGUGGUCUCGGUGCAGCAUGCGCCCGAGGUCGACAACGAGACUCUGCGUCGCGAGCUGCGCGAGAAGGUCAUCAACGCUGUGAUUCCGGCGCACCUGCUGGACGACCGCACCAUCUACCACCUGCAGCCCUCGGGCCGGUUCAUCAUCGGCGGUCCCCAGGGUGACGCCGGUCUCACUGGCCGCAAGAUCAUCGUCGACACCUACGGUGGCGGCCACCACGGCGGAGGCUGCUUCUCGGGCAAGGACUACACCAAGGUUGACCGCUCGGCUGCCUAUGCUGCCCGCUGGGUUGCCAAGUCGCUGGUUGUGGCCAAGCUGGCCCGGCGCGUCACUCCCCUGUCCAUCUACGUCGACACAUACGGCACCAGCGAGAAGAGCGAUGCCGAGAUCGAGCUCGACCUGUUCCAGCCCAUCUACCGCAAGACCGCGUGCUACGGCCACUUUGGUCGCGACCAGUUCACCUGGGAGAAGGCCAAGGUCCUGAAGUUCUAA